AUGCCAAUUCCUCAUUUCACCUCUAGCUUCGUACGUCAAGGUCCCAGACUUGUGACCCACGGUUAUGUUCAAUCUGUUGUCGCCGCCACACACGCUCAAACCUACGCAAAUAACCAUCGGCAACGCCUCGGUCUAAAUCGUCGUGCUAGCCAGGCAGGAAAGCGCCCGUCGUACCAAUUACAAAAUGCUUUUUACAGCACUACGCAGUCGAGUAGCGCUUUUGCGCAGGAGAGUCGAUCAGAGAAGAGCGACUUAGGUCUAGCAGCAUACUUCGAAAAUUUAAGGAAGCAAAAGGUUUCAGGUGAAGAAGAGCCGGAAUGGACGCAAUUCCAAUUCCAAAAGCGCAUCGAAUAUAAGCCGCUUGAAGCAGAAACGACUGGCCAUGCCGAGUCAUCCAGGCCAGGAGUUGAUAGGGCGUACAGCACUAGCGCGCUGGAUGACUUCAAGAAGGUGGGACUGCAUGAAGAAGACAAGGCCGCUCUUGCAACAAUUGAUGCCGCCCUUGUGAAGGAGAUCAAUCUGAGGACCGAUCAAGCAAUUUUCGAGGCUGAGUUAAGCGCCGUUGCUGCACGUGUACCAACACCCCCUAUAGCCCCAACCCAGUCUCCCGCUCUUUCAACCGUCGAAUCUGGCUCCGAUCGGACACCAACUAGUUCAUAUACAACGAUCAGUACAGCUUCCGAGCUUCAGUCUCGAAGCUAUGCAGAUCAUCUUGCGAAGUUGUCCGAGAAUGGAAAAUAUGUUGAGAUUCCAGCUGUCUUUGAGGCCAUGCUUGUGGCUGAUAUCCAGCCUAACGCAACUGCUUACAAUGCUUUGCUGGAUGCUGCCAUACACCUUCCUGCAGAGAAGAUCCAGGUUGUUCCUAAAGCUCUCGAUGUUUACCAGGAUAUGCUUCGACGCAAAGUUUCUCCAAAUACCCUCACCUAUAAUACUCUGAUCGGACUGCUCUCUUCCCGAUCCAUUGAGGUUUCUUCGCUGAAACAGUCAUUGGAGGAGAAACGUGUUCGCUUUGGUGGUAUGGAAGAAGCAGGAAAGUUCAUGCUCGCAUCAAGUGAAGUUGAAUUUGCUAUCCUUGCGGAGGACGACAGACUCGACUUGGCAAUUAGACUGUUCAAUGCAUCGAUAUCGUAUUUCAAGAAUCGUUCAUACCCUCCCGAGACUUAUCACAAGUUGAUCCAGGCCUGUUCUGCAGCAGGUAACAUCCCAGACAUGCUCCGCUUGUAUGAACACAUGGAAUCAAGCAAGAUUGUACCAUUGGCAGCUUCCUUCCCGCCAAUGAUUAAGGGAUAUGCACAAACUGGUGAUUUGAGCAGUGCUGUGGAGUGCUACAACGAAUACAAGGAAUUAGCUAUCGCACAUGACAAUGGUAUGGUCGAGUUGAGCGAUAGACAUGAUGGACAAGUCUAUGCAUCUGUUGUCAAGGCUUACAUUACAUCUGAUCGCCUCGAGGGAGCCAUCAAGUUCUACAACAAAAUCAUGCAAUCUUGCGAUUCCGAUGUCACAAUCAAGGACUCUAUCGUCGACGGAGGAUUUGUUCAAGGACUGUUAGACCGCGGUAUGCUUCCGGAUGCGCUUAGAUGGGCAGGAAGUCUAGAGUCUUCUUCUAAAGCGGCUGCCAUGAGCAAGAUUGCGACCAUCGCUGCUGAUAAGGGAGACAAGUUAACUGCUGUAGCAGCAUUUACUCAGGUGCCUUUAACCUUUGAGGGUAUUGCAACACCUGCCACUGCAAUGCUUGCUCUUAGUAUUCGGUAUGGUGAUGUUGUUUCAGCGCAAAAAUACUGGCACAUUCUGUCUACUUCCGAGAUGCAGCUGUCGUCAUCUUUGAUUGAGCCUAUUGCAAUGUACGCUGUGGCCAUGAUUGGUUCUGGACGCGUUGCAGAGGGCCUUUCUCAGUCCAGGGAUAUGUUUGCUCGUGUUCGUCAGUCAGCUGUCGGUUCAAAUUCCCAUAUCGUUGACGAGGUCGAGGAAGGUAUGGAGUUUGUUAACCACUUCAUGAACGCCCAUGGUGUACGAGAAGUUCAGGCCCCAGAAACACCAGUCCCAGUUUACCAGCAAUCCUUCACACCCAGCUUCGCACCGACGCCUGUGCAAUACCCAGCUACGCCAGCUUAUGAAGACACUUACGACCCAUAUGCCUCGACGACAGACUUCAAAGGCUCUGCUAUGAUUGCAGAUGAGCUUGAGCGAGGCAACAAUGGUCAUCAUAAGGUAUCCCGGUUGAACGAGGCUCUGGGUAGAUUCAGAAACAUUCGCCGCGCUGGUCGCCACGUCCGUUACAUCACCUACGCCAAGCUCAUCACGGCAGCUGCACGAGAGGAGCGAAUGAAUUUGGUUCACGACAUUCUCGGUAUGGCACGAACUGAUAUCCCAUUACUUCCUGAAUAUGCGAUCGUUCGAUAUGGCUGGGUUUCGAUACUCGAUGCUAUGGUUGGAGCUUGCCUCAACCUCGGCAACCGUACCCUUGCCGCACGUUAUCACGAAGAGCUUCUUGACAUGGGCGCCUCACCAACUGCGAAUACCUUUGGUCUGUAUAUCACCACGUUGAAAGACUCAACAAAGACAUUUGAUGAGGCCACCGAGGCUGUCAAGAUCUUCCACCGUGCCAAGUCCGAGGGUGUUGAGCCAUCGUCAUUUCUCUAUAACGCUCUGAUUGGCAAGCUUGGAAAGGCUCGUCGCAUUGAUGACUGCCUUUACUACUUCGCCGAGAUGCGCGGACUUGGUAUUCGACCAACCAGCGUUACCUACGGUACCAUUGUUAACGCUCUUUGCCGUGUCAGCGAUGAGAAAUUCGCUGAAGAGCUCUUCGAGGAGAUGGAGUCGAUGCCAAACUACAAGGCUAGACCUGCACCCUACAACAGCUUGAUGCAAUUUUAUCUCACCACCAAGCGUGACAAGGGUAAGGUUUUGGCGUACUACGAGCGCAUGAAGAGCAAGGGAAUUGAGCCAACCAACCAUACAUACAAGCUUCUCGUUGAUACUCAUGCCACUCUUGAGCCCAUUGACAUGAAUGCCGCUGAAGCUAUCCUAGACAGCAUCCGAAGCACUGGUGGGAAGCCGGAGGCAGUUCAUUACUCUUCCUUAAUUCAUGCCAAGGGUUGUGUCUUGCACGAUAUGGAGGGCGCCCGAGCAGUCUUUGACUCUGUCAUGGCCGAUUCAUCAAUCCGUCCUCAAGCAUGCCUUUACCAAUCUCUCUUCGAAUCGAUGGUCGCCAACCACCGUGUUGCGGAGACGGAGUCUAUCCUCAAUGAUAUGUAUCGCCGUGGUGUAGAGAUGACUCCCUACAUCGCCAACACCCUCGUCCACGGCUGGGCCAAUGAAUUGAACAUCAACAAGAGCAAGUCUAUCUUUGAUUCCGUCAGUCGCGAAAAGAGAGAGCCAAGCACAUACGAGGCCAUGACCCGAGCUUAUCUUGCCGUCGAAGAUAGAGUAAGCGCGAAUGGCAUUGUGAAGGAGAUGCUCAGCAGAGGAUACCCUGGUGCCGUCUCAAACAAGAUUCUUGAAUUGCUCGGUGGUGGUCAUGCUGAGAGCGCGAUGUAA